AUGCCACCCAUAUCUCCCAACUUGCAAUCACCAUUGACGGCGAGAAAAAGCAGUGACGAACUAGGGGAUGCCGAACUCCCUCGAUUCCAGAAAUCAAAACUGAUCAAAGCCGAUGCGUCCCAUCAUCCGGAAGUUUCGAAGUGCCUUCUCCAAGCCGGAUUCAAGUAUUCUGUUGCGAGACAACUCACAGAGCAUGAACUGCAAUUUUGGAACGUACAGGAGUUGAACCAGACUCUGAGGCUUGUUGAUGCCACGGUGGAUGACAUUCGGUUUCGCAGACUAAAGUCUUUCGAGGUUGUUCCAUCCUUGCCGAGCAGGAUAGGACAUGGAAGAGUCCAUUUCAAUCCAUCAGACUUUGUUAAACCAAGGUGGAAACAGAUCCAAGAGUCAGCCGACACACUGGGCGCCCUAUGCGUUAACAAGGACGGCGACCUCCGCAUUGUGCCUCCAGGUGGUUAUGCAGCGUUGUCUCAUGUGUGGGCAGAAGGGCUUGGAUCAGAUGAAACAAACGGAGGGCUUCACCGGAGCUUGGUGGUACAGUUGUUUGACAAGCUGGCACACACCGACAUCGAGUGGCUGUGGAUUGACAGCUUGGCUAUUCCGGGUACCGGACAUCAGCUGGAUCACGCGGAGGCCGAGAUGAAAUCCAGACUUAUCAAUGCUAUGGCGAAUAUCUACCGCCAGGCGAAGCAGGUGGUCAUCGUUAAUGCUUUAGCUCUGCGACUGUGGUCAAACGAUCCCGCCGAUCUCGGCGUAGUCCUUGGCUUCGGCAGAUGGCUAACACGCGUCUGGACCUAUCAGCAAAUCAAGCUCGUUGGACAUACGAUUGUUUUAACCCGUGAGGGAUCGGUUUGGUUCACCGAUGUAUUCAUUUGCCUCAAAGCAAGAGAUGGUUUGUUCACACUGGCCCAGACUUUUCUACAUCUACAGCGACAUGGCAAUAUUCCCGUGCAACUUGCAGAUAUCGUUGUCGGGUGUACAAAAAGGGAGGCCAGCGACAUUAUUAACAACGCCGGUGCUCUCUUUCCGGUGAUCGGACUCGAAUGGAAGCACGGCCUAUCGCUCGAUGACGGGAUGAGAAAGAUUUACGAGGCCCGAAGACACGAGGCGGUGAAAAUGGUUCUAUACCAUGGCCCACCAAGGGCGACAUAUCCUGCAUGGGCUCCAGCCUGGCUUAACCAAAUGCGAAUUGUCGACCGCGAAGUAGGCAACCAGAGAUGGGAAACUAGGGGUAUAUAUGAAGUAGUAUAUUGA